AAGUUUUGUUCCUUAACUGCUGUUCUAUACAUGGUUUGAGCGUGCCAGUAUGCUAGUGAUCCUGCUGAACUGUGUGACUCUGGGCAUGUUCCACCCAUGUGAAGACAGUGACUGUGACUCCGAGCGCUGCAAGAUCCUGGAGGACUUUGACGACUUCAUCUUUGCCUUUUUCGCUAUUGAGAUGGUGAUUAAGAUGGUGGCACUGGGCAUCUUUGGCAAAAAGUGUUACCUUGGAGAUACCUGGAACCGGCUAGACUUCUUCAUUGUGUUGGCUGGGAUGCUGGAAUACUCUCUCAACCUGCAGAAUGUCAGUUUCUCUGCUGUUCGUACUGUCCGAGUGCUGAGACCUCUCCGAGCGAUCAACCGAGUGCCAAGUAUGAGGAUCCUCGUCACUCUCCUGCUGGACACUCUCCCCAUGCUGGGCAAUGUGCUGUUGCUCUGCUUCUUUGUCUUUUUCAUCUUUGGGAUUGUGGGGGUCCAGCUGUGGGCGGGGCUUCUCAGAAACCGCUGCUUCCUUCCUGAAAACUUCUCCCUUCCCCAAACUCUAGACCUCCACACCUACUACCACACGGAGAACGAUGACGAGAGCCCGUUCAUCUGCUCUCAGCCGCGGGAGAACGGCAUGCGGCAGUGCAGCUCCAUACCCAUGCUGCUGGAGGAGACUGUGCAGUGUCACCUGGACAUGGGAGCCUACAACACCACAGACAACACCACCUGUGUGAACUGGAACCAGUACUAUACCAACUGCUCCGCUGGAGAGGUCAACCCCUUCAAGGGGGCCAUCAAUUUUGACAACAUUGGCUAUGCCUGGAUUGCCAUCUUUCAGGUCAUCACUCUGGAGGGCUGGGUGGACAUCAUGUACUUCGUGAUGGAUGCGCACUCCUUUUACAACUUCAUCUACUUCAUCCUGCUGAUCAUAGUGGGCUCCUUCUUCAUGAUUAACCUGUGCCUGGUCGUUAUUGCCACUCAGUUCUCAGAGACGAAGCAGCGCGAGAGUCAGCUGAUGAAGGAGCAGCGAGUGCGCUUCAUGUCCAACGCCAGCACUCUCGCCAGCUUCUCAGAGCCUGGCAGCUGCUAUGAUGAACUCCUUAAAUACUUGGUCUACAUUGUGCGGAAGGGCACCAGACAGCUGGGUCACCUGGUCCGGGUGGCCGCACGUCGGGCGGGCCUGAGGGUGCGCGCCUCCCCUGUCCUGGAGCCUCCAAACACCAAGAGACAGAGGCAGAAGCAGCGGCAGGGCUCCAUCCACCACUUGGUGCACCACCACCAUCACCACCACCACCACCACUACCAUCUGGGUAACGGAAGCAUCCGCAGCGAUAGGACCAGAGAGUUAGAGAUGUAUAACCGUGCGGGUGCAGGUUCAGGACGCCUCACUCUGCCUUCAAUUACCCCUCUGCCGGACCCCUCGUCCAAUCCCUGCCCUGCGGCUCUGAGCCCCGGCCGCGCGGAGUCGAUACACAGCGUCUAUCACACGGCCUGCCACCUGGAGCCUCUGCACUGCAACCCCUCACCCGGACCCUCAGCCCUGCAGGCCUACAAAAGGAACUCUGUGCCAUUUGCAGCAUCUGCACACAAAAACUACCCCACGCUUCAGCCCUGCCUGCCUCUGGAGCACCUGAGACAGAGGAGUCUGGAGCCCGGAGGAGCCAGCUGCACCACCAGCGCCCUCACCAGCCUCAACAUCCCACCAAACCCCAUCAACACCUCCCAGUGCCUGCUGGACCCACAAGGGCCUGCUGGCAAGUUCCCGCGCAAGUUCUCCAACACCAACUGCAGCGGCACGAACUUGGAUGUUAGUCUGGCCUUUGACCCCGAGACCUGCCCUUAUUGUACUAAAGCAGCAGCUAAUGACUCAGAAGGUACUGAAGCGAACGAGACCGCAGACUCAGACAGUGAGGGGGUGUACGAGUUCACCCAAGAUGCCCACUAUCGGGACAACAGAGACCCCAACAAGAAGCGGAAGUUUAAGCUCGGGGCUCGAGCUGCAAAGGUGGUCCACUUUUGGAGACUGGUGUGUGACACUUUUCGCAAGAUCGUGGACAGCAAGUACUUUGGACGAGGCAUUAUGAUCGCCAUCCUCAUCAACACACUCAGCAUGGGCAUUGAGUACCACGAGCAGCCUGAGGAGCUAACCAAUGCCCUGGAGAUCAGUAAUAUAGUCUUCACCAGUCUGUUUGCUCUGGAGAUGCUGCUGAAGCUGCUGGUGUAUGGCCCCUUCGGCUACAUCAAGAACCCCUACAACAUUUUUGACGGCAUUAUUGUGGUGAUCAGUGUCUGGGAGAUUGUAGGUCAGCAGGGUGGAGGCCUGUCUGUGCUGAGGACCUUCAGGUUGAUGCGAGUGCUGAAGCUGGUGCGCUUCAUGCCGGCUCUGCAGAGGCAGCUGGUGGUCCUGAUGAAGACGAUGGACAACGUGGCCACGUUCUGCAUGCUGCUCAUGCUCUUCAUUUUCAUCUUCAGUAUUUUAGGUAUGCACCUGUUCGGUUGUAAGUUUGGCUCUGAGAGAGAUGGGGACACAUUGCCGGACCGCAAGAACUUUGACUCUCUGCUCUGGGCCAUUGUCACAGUAUUUCAGAUCCUCACUCAGGAGGACUGGAAUAAGGUGCUGUAUAACGGCAUGGCCUCAACCUCUCCUGUGGCUGCCCUGUAUUUCAUCGCUCUUAUGACCUUUGGGAACUACGUCCUGUUUAACCUGCUGGUGGCUAUCUUGGUGGAGGGCUUCCAGACUGAGGAAAUCACCAAGAGGGAAGACUUGCAUGGCCAGCUGAGCUGUAUUCAGCUGCCAAUAGACUCAGGGGGGGACGCCUCCAAGUCUGACUCGGAAGCGGACUUCUACGCGCGGAGCAUUGAUGACGUGCGUGGAAGCAAAAAGGAUGUGUCUGCUUCUUCUGUCGUGCCCAUCAAUGGUCAUGUGGAUCUGAAGGCCAGCCUCACGCCACCUCUCAUCACACACACUGCUGCCACACCCAUGCCUGUCCCUAAGAUCUCAGGAGGAGGAGACCCCACGCUGGGCCAGGAGUCCCGAAGGGGCAGCAACGUGUCUGUGGAUCCCAGCUGCCAAGAGAAGUCUCCGUCGAGUGCUCGGAGUUCCCCCCAUGCCCCCUGGAGCUCAGGCAGCAGCUGGAACAGCCGGCGGUCCAGCUGGAACAGUCUGGGCCGGGCUCCCAGCCUGAAGAGGCAGAAGCAUCAGUCUGGAGAACGCCGUUCCCUGCUCUCCGGAGACGGACAGUCCAGCUCGGACGAGGACGGGGGCAGGGUGGGUGGAGGAGCCUCGGAGGGGGACGAUGCCUCUCUGUCCAGGACAGACUCUUUUGGCCAGAGGCCUCGGCACCGGCGCAUGGAGUCCCUGGAGACCCGCAGCUCCUUCGACCUGCCGCCGGACACUCUGCAGGUCCCCUACCUGCACCGCUCAGCCAGCAUCCACAGCACACGCCCACCCAACCUGCUCAGCAACGGCAAGAGCUCUCCCACAGGAGCCACCACUCAGCUCUCACUGGACGACCACCACAGCGAGGACGACAACCCUGAUGAAGAGGGAAACCUGAGUCGGCGAGCGCGUCUGUACCGCUGGUUCGAGAGGAAGCAGCCUGAAUGGUGUCGGCAGAGGGGCACCUGGUCCUUGUACCUGUUCCCUCCAGAGUCCAAGUUUCGUGUGACCUGCAAUAAGAUCAUCACGCACAAAAUGUUCGACCAUGUGGUCCUCGUUAUUAUCUUCCUCAACUGCAUCACCAUUGCUAUGGAAAGACCCAGGAUUGAAUCAAGAAGUGCUGAGCGCAUCUUCCUGACGCUGUCCAACUACAUCUUCACUGCCAUCUUCGUGACUGAAAUGACAAUAAAGGUGGUGGCCCUUGGUUGGUGUUUUGGGGAAAAGUGCUACCUGAAGAGCAGCUGGAACAUUCUGGACGGCAUGCUGGUGAUGAUCUCCGUUAUCGACAUCCUGGUGUCUCUGAUCUCCAACAGUGGCACUAAAAUUCUUGGCAUGCUGCGAGUGCUGAGGCUCCUGAGGACCCUGCGGCCCCUCCGGGUGAUCAGCAGGGCUCCAGGGCUCAAACUGGUGGUAGAAACACUGAUGUCGUCCCUCAAGCCUAUCGGAAACAUCGUGGUCAUCUGCUGUGCCUUCUUUAUCAUUUUCGGCAUCCUCGGGGUUCAGCUGUUCAAAGGGAAGUUCUUUGUGUGCCAGGGGGAGGAUAUAAGAAACAUCACAAACAAAUCUGACUGCCUGCUCGCUAAAUACAAGUGGGUCAGGCAUAAAUACAACUUUGACAACCUGGGGCAGGCCCUGAUGUCUCUCUUUGUACUGGCUUCUAAAGACGGCUGGGUGGACAUUAUGUAUGAUGGACUGGAUGCUGUAGGAGUUGAUCAGCAGCCUAUUAUGAACUACAACCCCUGGAUGCUGCUGUAUUUCAUCUCCUUCCUCCUAAUCGUGGCGUUUUUCGUGCUCAACAUGUUUGUUGGAGUGGUGGUGGAGAACUUCCACAAAUGCCGGCGGCACCAGGAGGCAGAGGAAGCCAAGCGGCGCGAGGAGAAGCGUCUAAAGCGGAUGGAGAAAAAGAGAAGGAAUAUAAUGAUGACGGGUGUCAGUUGGCCCAGUCCCGAAGGCGGAGUGACAGCUCAGAGUAAGCCGUACUACUCGGACUACUCGCCGACUCGACGCCUGAUCCACAAGAUGUGUACCAGCCACUACCUGGACCUCUUCAUCACCAUCGUCAUCGGACUCAACGUCAUCACCAUGUCCAUGGAGCACUACCAACAGCCAAGGGUGCUUGAUGAAGCCCUGAAAAUCUGCAACUACAUUUUCACCGUCAUCUUUGUCCUGGAGUCGGUUUUCAAACUGGUGGCUUUUGGCUUUCGCCGUUUCUUCAAAGACAGGUGGAACCAGUUGGAUCUAGCCAUUGUCCUGCUGUCCAUCAUGGGAAUAACUCUGGAGGAGAUAGAAGUCAAUGCCUCGCUCCCCAUCAACCCCACCAUCAUCCGCAUCAUGAGGGUGCUCCGCAUUGCCCGUGUGCUGAAGCUCCUGAAGAUGGCAGUGGGAAUGCGGGCUCUGCUGGACACAGUCAUCCAGGCUCUGCCUCAGGUGGGGAAUCUGGGUCUUCUCUUCAUGCUUCUCUUCUUUAUCUUCGCAGCACUGGGAGUAGAGCUGUUUGGUGACCUGAUAUGUGAUGAACUGCACCCUUGUGAAGGCCUCGGCCGCUACGCCACGUUCAAAAACUUUGGCAUGGCCUUUCUCCUGCUGUUUCGCGUGUCCACCGGGGACAACUGGAACGGCAUCAUGAAGGACACCCUGCGAGACUGCGCUCAAGAGACUGGAACUUGUUACAACACAGUGGUGUCUCCCAUCUACUUCGUGUCCUUUGUGCUCACGGCUCAGUUCGUGCUGGUCAACGUGGUGAUCGCUGUCCUCAUGAAACACCUAGAGGAGAGCAACAAAGAGGCCAAAGAGGAGGCGGAUAUGGAGGCGGAGCUGGAGCUUGAGGCAGUAGGUGGAGAUGGGGGGCUGAUGAGUGGGGGGCAUAUCUCUCCUCCAGUCAUUGGGGACAUAGUGGGGUCUAGAGGGUCUCCCUGGAUCUCUAGAGGCUCUCAGGACAGAGGUUACCCCACUGACAGCCCACCAGCAGACAUACGCAGAGACUCAGCAGCACACAUAAAGACUGACCCACCUCUGGAGUGUCUGGGGCCACCAUUAGAGCGGAGGCCCAUGUUUGACUCGGUAUCCCUGGUGAUCCAGGGCUCGCUGGAAGGAGAGCUCAGCCUUAUGGACAACCUGUCCGACUCCAUCUGCCACUACUACGCUCUGCCCCCUCUCCCCAGCAAACACAGCACUGAUAAACAGAUCCCCCUAGCGGAGAUGGAGGCUCUAUCUCUGGCAUCGGAGAAAUCCUGGUCCUUAGCUCUGACGGACGACUCCGUCCCAGAUGAUUUUAACCCCCCCUUACUAACCAGUCUGGAGUGCAAUAUCGCAGAUCCUCUGGGACCUGUGCAGCCACAUGAACCUCUGGAGGAGCACCUGCUGUGUGUAAAGAAGACGACAGUUGGGCGAACUCACUCCUUACCCAAUGAUAGCUACAUGUUCCUGCCCUUGCAGGAUACUGUCAACACCUCCACAACCCUCACAACCUCAGUUCAGCAGGCUCAGUCAGGUUCCAGUGGAUCUGUUAACUUUCACACAGAAGAUCCUUCCCAGCACCUCACGGUGCCCACAGAGCUGUUCCGACCCAUCAGCCCCCACAGCCUGUCUGAUUCCGAGAGUAUCCCUCGCAUCCCACCUCCUCGUCGACACACCUUCUCACGCACCCUUCGUAGACAGGUGGCAGUGAGUGCUGACUCUCAGGAGGCUCUGAACGUAGAAGGCGGGGAGAGUGAAGGGUCUGCUUCUGCUGAACUCUCUGCGCCUCCUGCCAAUUGCCCGGCUCCUCUACAGAGGCAGCAGCAUCGGCCUUCUCUCCUCCUGGUCCCUGCCACGCCGGGCGCAUCACCAAAAGCAUCACGCUCCAGUGUACACACGCAGCACAACCCCUAUGACCAGUACAGCGUCUCCUCCAGAUGCCCUCGCUCUCCUCCACCACCACCACUACCAUCACAUCUUUCCAGGAGUGCAAAACCUUCUGGGAAACAGCAGGAGGAGGACUCAGUGGAUCAGGAGGUAUCUCACAUCAUCAGGACAGGGUUCAGGGGUGGCAGUGACAAGGAUCUAGAAAGAGGGAGCCUUGGAGUAGGGCUUGCUGGUGAUCUCGGAGAAAGCCUUGGAGUAGGACUUGCUGGAGCACUUGGAGAAAGGCUUAGAGGAGGACUUGGGGAAGGAUACGGAGGGGGAGGGCUGCCCACGGACAGCCGUGGACCUUGCCUGCGGCAGUUGAAGAAGCAUCACAGUGCGGACGCUCAAGGCCACCGAGUUCCCUUGCUGCCCCGGCCCUCCUCCUGGCUGGACGACCCACGGCGCCAUUCCAUCGAGGUAUGCUCUUCAGUAGAAAGCAGCCCCCAGCGUAGCUCUGCUUCCUCUGGCUUCGUCUCUCGUGCCGGCAGCCUGCAGACCUCUCAGCCCUCGCCCCACGCUCGCAAGAAGAAGAUGAGCCCACCGUGCAUCUCAGUGGACCCCCCUGAAGGACCGGAGGUUCAAGGGAACUUCCGUGCAGCACUGAGCUUGGGAACGGUGGCUCCUCCUCCUCUGCCCAGCAGGGACACCUGCCUAAGGAGGCGAGCGCCCUCCAGUGACUCUAAGGACUCUUUUGAUCUGGGUGGAAGUGGAGGAGGAGAUGGGCUGCCACAAGAGGGGGUUCCCAACCCCAAGCUAUUGACUCUGCCCAGCUUCUCCUUUGAGAAGUCAAGCUCUGAGCAUUGAACAUUUGCGCACGUGCACACACACACACAAAAAAAAAACACACACAGAUGCACAUGAAUAAACACAAGAUGCACUCUGUGUAUCCACGCCAGUGAUAGUCAUAGUAAUAAUACCAUAGAGAGUAAUAAUGCUAUCUGCAACAACGAUGAGUAAGUACUCCAUGACUCCACGAGGAAUAGUGACCAUCCCUUGUCUUUGUUCUGUACUGCCAAAAAGAAAACAACACUGUACUGAGGACAAACCAAGCUAAUAACAGAACUGUCUCUCUUCCACGAUGCCAGCAGACAUCGUUCGCUGGCGAUCAUAAGGUACCAGCAUCCAGAUGGGGCGCCCAUUUUUCUGGCUGUUUUGUUGACUUUAUAGCACUGUAUGGUGGAGCAUCUCCCCCGAGAGCAGUGGUGAAGGUACAAAGCAAUAUGAACGUUUUAGAGACACUAUUUUCUUAAAUUAUUGGGCCAUAGUGUUUGUACAGGAUGUAGAUUUUUUUUUAUUUCAUUCUAUUUUUAUUUGUGUCUUUUUGUGACUUUUCAAUGUUUAAAAUCGUUUGUUGUCUUUGCUUUAUUUUUUCACCAUAGGAUAUUUUUAGCUUUCUUGUUUUAACAAAUGAACAAACAAAGAAAAAAAGAAAAACAUUUUUCAAAGUGCCGAGAUCCAUGUAUUUGUAGUAAUAAUAUAUAUAUAUAUAUAUAUAUAUAUAUAUAAAAGAAGUCAUUAAACUGCUCUGAUUUUUCAAUUCAA